AUAAGGCCGCAAAAACCACUUUACAAAGCCACUAUGCCACCUUUUAGAACCCUAGAACUUUAAUUGUUGUUUUGAGUGUUUUCUUGAAAUUGGGUGUGUUAGUUUGUGUUGUUCAUCAGAUCCAUCUGACCCGUGUUUGAAAACCUAGAGGGGUUUUCUUAAACAAAUAUGGAGGAUCCGUUGGUAGCUGGUGAAGGGUCAGUUGAACUAAGCUCGAAUGCAAAGCAAAAACUUCCAAAGUUGACUGAAAAUGCAAAAAGAACAACACAUAUUGCCAAGCCAACUGUUACAGGACCAAUUGGGACUGCUAAAAAGAGAACAGAGCUAAAGGGUGGUUCUGAGUUGCGAUCAAAUGUGGCGAAACCAACCACUGGUAAAGCAAAAUUAACUGCUACUUCUGGGGGUUUGAGUUCAGUUCCAGUGACUAGAAGGAAAAGUACGGGGGGUUUGCCUGAAAAGCAGCCAGUCUCAGCUAGUAAGCGACAGAACAAUGCUAGCUCAGCUGUGGGCGGUAAACCCACUUCUGCCAGCUCCUCGGAACCAUUGAGGCGGUCACUUCCAGAAGUUAGAAGGAGUUCACUGUCUUCAAUAGUUGCUAAACCCUCAACCAGGCCAAGUGUAUCAGACACUAGAAAUGCAAUUUCCAGUUCACAAGUCAGUCGAACUUCUAGAUCACUACUCAAUUCUGAUGUAGGCAAGCGAGAUGCUACAAAGAGAUCAGCACUAAAUUCAUCGACAAGUCUGUCUACAUCACAGAUGUCAUUGGACAGCACAGGAAGCAGUACGUUUAGGAGAGCCGUUUCAAAGGUCUCGUCUCCAUCAUCUCGAUCACCUUCCAUUUCCAGUGGGCCUAAAAUUUCCUCUCUGUCAACAUCACGGGACAGAAAUUCAAAUUUAUCAGAUCGAAAGAAGUCCACUAGAGCAGAUAGUCGGGACUCAAAUUUCAUUAGACUCCCCCAAGUUGAGCUCAAAGCUGGAGAUGAUGUUAGACUGGAUCUAAGGGGUCAUAGAAUACGUAGUCUGAAUGCUAAUGGGUUGAACCUGUCACCCGAAUUAGAGUUUGUUUAUCUGAGAGAUAAUCUCCUUUCAACUCUGGAGGGUAUUGAAAUAUUAAAGCGGGUGAAGGUCCUUGACUUGAGCUUUAACGAUUUUAAGGGGCCUGGAUUUGAACCACUUGAGAAUUGCAAAGCUCUCCAGCAACUUUACCUUGCUGGAAACCAGAUCACAUCGCUUGUAAGCCUUCCCGAGCUUCCUAAUUUAGAGUUCCUGUCUGUUGCUCAAAACAAGUUAAAGUCUCUUUCAAUGGCAAGCCAACCACGGUUACAGGUAUUAGCUGCCAGCAAAAAUAGAUUAACAACCUUGAAGGGUUUCCCGCACUUACCGGCGCUUGAGCAUUUAAGGGUGGAAGAGAAUCCUAUACUAAAGAUGUCUCAUCUAGAGGCCGCUUGUAUACUGCUGGUUGGCCCAACACUAAAGAAGUUUAAUGAUAGAGAUUUGUCUCGCGAUGAAAAAGCAAUUGCCAAGCGUUAUCCUGCACAUUCGUCGUUUUGCAUCAGAGAAGGUUGGGAAUUUUCCCGUCCAGAGCAUGCUGUUGAUUCAACCUUUAGUUUCUUGGUCAAGAAAUGGGAAGACCAAUUUCCUCCAGGUUAUCUGCUUGAAGAAGCCUCUGUGGAUCAACCAUUUGAAGAAGAUGCUUGUGGUUGCCACUUCCAGUUUGUCAAAGAUAAAAAUGUAAACACUGACUCUGAAUUAGUGUUGAAAUACCAAUGGUUGAUAGGAGAUCGAACCCCUUUCAAUUUUAAGGCAAUUCCUGAAGCCACGGGCGAGGUGUUCUGGCCAAAGCAUGAAGAUGUGAACAAAAUUCUAAAAGUGGAAUGUACUCCUAUUCUCGGUGAUAUCCAAUAUCCCACAAUCUUUGCUAUAUCUUUGCCAGUUGCACCAGGAACUGGGUAUCCAAAGGUUUUAAAGAUUGACGUUCGUGGGGAAUUAGUGGAGGGAAACAUAAUUAGAGGCUAUCCAGAAGUUGCAUGGUGUGGUGGGACUCCCGGGAAAGGCGUUGCAAGCUGGCUGAGGAGAAAAUGGAAUAGUAGUCCAGUAGUAAUUGUUGGUGCGGAGGAUGAUGAAUAUCAGCUGACUCUAGAUGAUAUUGGUUCGUGCUUGGUUUAUAUGUACACUCCAGUAACAGAAGAAGGAUCCAAAGGGGAGCCUCAAUAUGCAAUUACAGAUUAUGUAAAAGCAGCUCCUCCAUCAGUCGAUGAUGUACGAAUUAUUGGAGAUGUGGUUGAAGGGACCACAAUCAGAGGGGUAGGUGACUACUUUGGCGGAAGAGAAGGUCCUAGCAAAUUUGAGUGGCUGCGUGAGAAUAAGGAUACAGGAGAGUUUGAACUGUUCUUGACUGGGACUACUGAGUACACUUUGACUAAAGAAGAUGUUGGUCGGCGCUUGGCUUUUGUUUAUAUUCCUACGAAUUUUGAGGGACAAGAAGGAAAACCUUUAACUACAACGUCUCAAGUAGUGAAGCAAGCUCCUCCCAAAGCGACAAAUCUGAAGAUAGUUGGGGACUUGAGGGAGGGAAGUAAGGUUACUGUGACAUGUAAUGUCACUGGAGGUGCUGAAGGAUCUAGCAGAGUUCAGUGGUUUAAAUCAAGCUGUGCAAUAUUUGAGGGUGAGAAAGGUCUAGAAGCUGUUAGCACAUCAAAAAUUGCGAAGGCUUUUCGAAUACCGUUAGGAGCUGUUGGAUAUUACAUAGUUGCCAAGUUUACACCUAUGACUGUAGAUGGUGAAUCUGGUGAACCUGCAUACACCAUAGCUGAAAAAGCAGUUGAAACUCUUCCACCCAGUCUAAACUUCUUAUCCAUCACCGGUGAUUACACUGAAGGUGGCAUUCUCACUGCUUCAUAUGGGUACAUAGGGGGGCAUGAAGGGAAAAGUAUAUACAGCUGGUACAUUCAUGAGAUUGAUACUGAUUCAGGUACUCUAAUACCCGAAGCCUCGGGUUCACUUCAGUAUCGUCUUAGCAAGGAUGCCAUAGGAAAAUUUGUAUCCUUUACAUGCACGCCAAUCCGUGAUGAUUUGUUAGUUGGCGAGCCAAAAACAUGCAUGGGGCAGGAGCGUGUUCGUCCAGGUAGCCCAAGAUUGCUCUCUCUACAGAUUACUGGAUUUGCAGUUGAAGGCAAUUUGCUGCGUGUUGACAAAAAAUAUUGGGGUGGCAACGAGGGAGAGUCGAUUUUUCGCUGGUUCAGGACAAGUUUGGAUGGCACUCAGACUGAAAUCAAAGAUGUUGCCACUUCUUCGUACAUGCUCUCAGGUGAUGAUAUUGGAUAUUCUAUAUCAGUUUCAUGCGAGCCUGUUAGAGUCGAUUGGGCUCGUGGUCCGACUGUGCUAUCUGAGCUAACUGGACCAGUUGUGCCUGGGCCACCAACCUGCCUGUCACUUGCAUUCCAGGGAUCGGUGGUGGAAGGUGCACGUUUGACUUUUAUCGCCUCUUAUAGUGGAGGGGAAAAAGGAGACUGUCAAUUUGAGUGGUUUAGAGUACAUUAUAAUGGUAGUAUCAAGGAGAAACUAAUUGCUGGUGAGUACUUGGAUUUGACUCUUGAGGAUGUGGGAAGUAGUGUGGAACUUGUGUAUACCCCUGUGAGGAAAGAUGGAGUUAAAGGAAGUCCUGUGAGUAUUGUUUCUACUCCAGUCACUCCUGCCGAUCCUGUUGGUAUGGACCUUGUAAUUCCUAAUUGUUGCCAGAAUGAAAUGGUAGUACCGCAGAAAACUUACUUUGGAGGACAAGAAGGUGAAGGGAAGUUUAUCUGGUAUAGAUCAAGAAUAAAGCUUGAAAAAUCUGCCUUUGUAGACAUAUCCAAUGUUCAUGAGGAUCUUGUUAUAUGUGGAAGUUCAUUAGAAUACAUACCGUCGCUGGAAGACGUGGAUGCUUAUUUAGCUCUGUAUUGGCUUCCAACUCGUGCAGAUGGCAUAUCUGGAAGCCCAUUGGUAUCAGUUACAAAUUUGCCCGUCAGUCCUGCUCUACCAGUAGUUUCCGAUGUGCAUGUGAGGAAGGUAUCUUCAACCACUUAUUCUGGGCAAGGGGUAUACUUUGGUGGUUAUGAAGGAGAAAGCCUUUUUAGUUGGUACAGAGAAUCUGAUGACGGAAAAAUCGUUGUUACUAGUGGAGUGGAUUGCAAAACUUAUGAAGUUACUGAUGCUGAUUACAGCUAUCGCCUGUUAUUUGGGUACACUCCAAUUCGUUCUGAUUCGCUUGUUGGAGAGCUGAGAUUAUCUGAGCCAACUGAAGUGAUUCUCCCUGAACCUCCAAUAAUCGAAAUGCUUGCUCUUGCUGGUAAGGCCGUCGAAGGUGAUGUACUUACCGCUGUUGAAGUCAUUCCAAAGAGUGAAACUCAACAGCGUGUCUGGGGGAAGUACAAAAAAGAAAUCAGAUAUCAGUGGUUCUAUACAUCUGAAACGGAAAAUAUCAACUCCUUUGAGCAGAUGCCAUCACAGCGCUCUUGCUCAUAUAGAUUGCGGUUUGAGGACAUUGGUCGGCAGCUACGAUGUGAAUGCAUAGUGAGUGAUGUGUUUGGAAGAUCUAGUGAACCAGCAUAUGUCAAUACAGCUACCAUUUCACCAGGAUUUCCUAAAAUCGAUAAGCUGGAGAUUGAGGGUAGAGGUUUUCACACUAAUUUGUAUGCUGUACGUGGCACCUAUAGUGGAGGGAAGGAGGGUAAAAGUAGAAUCCAGUGGCUUAGGUCGAUGGCUGGAAGCCCUGAUCUUAUCUCUAUCCCUGGGGAAACUGGAAGGAUGUACGAGGCUAAUGUUGAUGAUGUGGGCUACAGACUGGUUGCAAUAUAUACUCCGGUACGAGAGGAUGGAAUCGAAGGUCAACCUGUAUCUGCAUCGACCGACUCUAUUGCUGUUGAGCCUGAUGUUUUGAAAGAUGUGAAGCAGAAGCUAGAGAGUCCAUCAUCUGUGAAAUUUGAGACAUUAUGCGAUAAGGACAGAUCGUCGAAAAAGGUCUCUUCAGUAGGGACUCUUGAGAGAAGAAUUUUGGAAGUCGGUAAAAAGAAAUUGAAAGUUGUGAAGCCAGGUUCUAAGACUUCAUUUCCCAAUACUGAAGUGCGUGGAAGUUAUGCUCCACCCUUCCAUGUGGAGGUAUUCCGAAAUGAUCAACAUAGACUUAAGGUUGUUGUAGAUGGUGAAAAUGAAGUAGACCUGAUGGUUCAGACGCGGCACAUGCGAGAUGUGAUUGUUCUUGUGAUAAGAGGCCUUGCUCAGCGUUUCAAUAGCACAUCGCUCAACUCUCUCCUCAAGAUAGAAGCAUGAUCAGAUAGUACAUUAUUGUACAUGGAGUAGCGUUUUUUUAGGCUUAUUUUUUUAUUUUUUCCAUUGGGAUUUAGGACUAGCCCCUCUUGUGCCAGUGUAAUUUAUAAAAAAGGUGUGAUUUUUUUGUACAUGCAACUUGUGGAAAUCAAAUGACCAAAACUGUAAAACUGAAAAUUACACUCUGGUGCCAAAUAUGGCCAACGCAGAAUCCAAAUUUUCAUGGUGAUACCAUCACAAUGUAGAAUAUAGCAGGUAUACAUUGAGUAAUGUGAGAUUGGAAUGAUUUGAGUGUUCUCUUUCCA